CAAAGAGUCUGGUGCUCUCGCUUCUCGGGUUCGCUCUCUCCUUUCUGAUGAGUGAAGAAGAGUGAAGCCUGAAGCUUUGUUUGUUUGUUUUUUUUUUUCCUUCUCCUUCUCCUUUUUUUUUUUUUUUGUUAGGAGGAAAAGCAAAGCCUUCUCCCGUGUUCUGUUUGGUUGCCCCUAUAAUCGUGGCUAGUUCACAUCCUCUAAAACCCCUCAUGAAAUUCGCCCUUUGAUUAAAAACCCCAAACCCUGGCCUCCUCCUCCUUGUGUCUUCCUCGUCGAUGGAGCUGAGAAGGGUUUCAAUCUCGAAACCUUGCUCUUUCUUAAUCAAACGCCCACUAAGCUGCGUCCCACGCCCUCAGCCUCCGCCGCCGCCGCCGCCGAACAACCAGAGAUUACUUGACCGGGUAUCCUCUGUUCUCUCAAACUCAUCUUUCAAGUACCCUCAAUGUAGAUCUCUCAUAUCCCUCUUGUCCCCUCAUGAAUUCGAUGCCCUCUUCUAUUCCGUCGCCGCUUCCCCCUCCUCCAAUGUCAACCCCAAAACUGCUCUCCGUUUCUUUCACUUCGCUUCCAAAGCUUUCAACUUCCAUUUCACCCUCGCCUCUUAUUGCCUUUUGGUUCGUGUACUAAUUCUUUCCAAUCUUAACUCGCCUGCGAGAUUGCUUUUGAUCCGCUUGAUUGAUGGCAAUGUGCAAGCUUUGUAUGCCCUCCCGCCCACUGAGAGGCACAUUGAGAUAGCCAUGGCUAUGUCCCACUUCAAAACCGCCUACGAAAGAGCUUCUGUGCUUCAGGCGUUGGAUAUGUUGAUUCAUCUUUACUGUACUCAGUUCAAGGAUUUGGGUUUUUGUUCUGCCGUUCAUGUUUUUGAGUUUUUCUCUAGUAAGGCUAUGUUUCCGUCCCUCAGGACUUGCCAUUUUUUGUUGAAUUCUCUAGUCAAGGCUGACCAACUUGAUAAGAGCUACCGUGUGUUUGAAGUUCUGUCUCGUGCUGUUUCUCCGGAUGUUUACUUGUUUACUACUGCAAUUCAAGCAUUUUGUAAGGGAGGGAAGGUUGAUGAGGCAAUAGGUUUGUUCUCUAAAAUGGAGGCACUUGGCAUUGCUCCAAAUGUUGUUACUUACAACAAUGUUAUUCACGGGUUAUGUAAGAGCAGAAGAUUAGAGGAGGCUUUCCAAUUCAAGGACAAGAUGGUACAAAACAAUGUGAAUCCCAGUCUGACAACAUAUGGUGUGCUCCUUAAUGGUUUGAUUAAGUUGGAGAAGUUUGACGACGCAAAUCAUGUUUUGAAGGAAAUGUAUUGUAAGGGAUUUGCCCCCAAUGAGGUUAUCUAUAACAUAUUGAUUGACGGCUAUUGUAAAACGGGAAGUACUAGUGAGGCACUGAAGUUAAGGGAUGAAAUGUUAUCCAAUGGGGUAACUCCAAAUUCUGUUACCAUUAACUCGCUACUGCAGGGAUUUUGUAAAAGCAACCACUUUGAGCAUGCUGAGCAGGUCUUAGAUAAGGUGCUAUCCAGUGGUUCAUCUGUAGACCAAGUCGUUUGUUUCUCAGUCAUUCACUCGUUAUGCAAGAACUCUAGGUUUGAUUCUGCACUGAAAUUCACAAUUGAAAUGCUAUUAAGAAACUUCAGGCCCAGCGAUAACUUGCUUACAACAUUGGUUGUUGGGCUCUGUAAAGAUGGAAAGCAUUCUGAGGCAUCUCAGCUUUGGUUUAGGCUAUGGGAGAAAGGGUUUGCAGCCAACACAGUGACCUCAAAUGCUCUAAUUUAUGGAGUUUGUGAAUCUGGUAGCAUGCAAGAGGUUGCUAGGCUACUCAAGGAAAUGGUAAAGAGAGGCUUGGUAUUGGAUAGGAUCUCAUGCAACACACUCAUCUUGGGUUGGUGCAAGGAGGGAAAAGUGGACGAAGGUUUUAAGAUUAGGGACUGGAUGGGUAAGAAAGGAAUUUUGCCAGACACAUAUACUUACAAUUUGCUAAUGCAUGGUCUAUGUAAUAUGGGAAAAGUGGAUGAUGCUGUUAAACUUUGGGAGGAGUGCAGAAAACAUGGUCUUGCCGAUGUCUAUACAUAUGGGGUGAUGAUAGAUGGGUACUGUAGAGCUGACAGAAUUAAAGACGGUGAAGACCUAUUUAUUGAGUUGGUGACUAAGAAACUUCAGCUGAAUUUCAUUCUUUAUAAUACGCUUAUAAGAGCAUACUGUACAAAUGCGAACGUGAUUGGAGCCCUUGGUCUCUGCUGCGACAUGAAAAAGAAGGGUAUUGAACCAACUUGUACCACAUAUUCUUCUCUUAUACAUGGGAUGUGCAAUAUUGGUAAUGUCAAAGAUGCAGAAUACCUUCUUGAUCAAAUGAGGAAGGAGGGUUUGUUGCCCGAUGUUGUUUGCUACACUGCACUAAUUCAUGGUUAUUGUAAGCUAGGCCAGAUGGAUAAAGUAGGGAGUGUUCUUGGAGAGAUGUCUUCAUAUAACGUACAACCUAAUAAGAUUACAUACACUGUCAUGAUUGAUGGGCAUUGUAAACUAGGUAAUAUGGAAGAAGCAACUAAACUUCUAUGCGAGAUGGAAAAAAAGGGAAUUGUCCCGGAUGCUGUCACUUACAAUGCCUUAACAAAUGGAUUUUGCAAGGAAAGGAUGGUGGAAGAAGCUUUUGAAGUUUGUGAUCAAAUGUUCAGUAAAGGUCUAGCUUUAGAUGAAAUUACCUAUACGACAUUGGUUAGUGGGCUGCAUCAAACAGCUACAUGUGCAGACGAGGAAUGAUAUGGAAACCUUUAAAAGGGUCCUAUACUUACUCUUUUCUAAGGACUGCUUAUUGUUGACGAUUGAAUACAUCUGCUGACCAUCUCCAAAAUGAUACUUGAGCUUGAGGGGCAAGGGAUUUUUGAUAUUAUAACCUUGGCAGGGAACUGUGGCCUUAGAACUCAUUCUGCAAUAAUGCCAGUCUUUGAUUGCUCAUAUGGAGAGGAAAUAGCAGCUUGCUGAACGAUGAUAGGUCUGCAGCAGCUUCUUUUUCCAUGUGAAAGACAAAUACAGCUUCUGUCCUUGAGGCAAUGGAUUACAAACGCUUCUUCCAUGAACAUGCUAAGGAAUUAGGGUAAUAGAGCUAGAGAAGCAGAGGUCUUUCCCUUGUUCCCGGCUCCUGUACUUUUGGAGUUGCUCAAAUUAAUGGUGCAGACAUCUCGACUCCUAUUUGGAGUACUUGCCCCCAAGUUUGGCAAUGGAAUCUCGCAAUUCUAUCUGUAAAAAUAUGAAAACAGGGCUUCAAAGAUGCUAAAAUCGUGGCGUUUCGAGAAAACCAGUAAUGUUUCCAACCAAGAUUGGUGGGAAUUGUUAGGGGUUCAAGCCCUUACCUACGCCAUGUCUCUCUUCUCCUAAAGAUUGUUGGGUCCAGCAGUAGGCCCCUAGUUUUAGCCUGAGUUUGCAAAGCGGAUUCAGUGAAGUAGAAGAGAUGUUAGGCAAAUUUUACUUCUAACUGAUGAUUAUAGAAUGAUGCUUUUUGUUGUUGAAUGAAUGGCCCAACCAUUCAACGUUUAUAACUGGUGGGGGAUGGGCUUGGAGUACUCAAAGAUCUCUACUAUGCUUUUACAAAAUGUAAAUUUUUUAAACUAAUAAUGUGUAAUGAUUGUUAGCGUUUAUAGCAUAAUUUUCUCAAAA